UCAGAAGAAGAGGAGGAUGCUGAGGAGAGUUUGAGCCCGCUUCUCUUCUCAUGUUAUACAGAAACUCACUUUAUAAACCCCAAAACUUCUGUGCGUUCGGGGUCUUUAUAAUUCAUUUAUCAGCUUGAUUUGAUCUUCAGACGAUGGUUGGCUUUUUCGGCGGAAGGAUGGAUUGCGUCGCGGAUGAAGCGUGAAGCAGGUGCGUUUACCGGAGAUGAUGAUGACGAUGAAGGCGCUGCUCCGCUUCUCCGUCAGAAGAUGAACUUCAGUCCCGUUGCACCGAGCUGCUGGAGGGCUUCGUGGAGGUUUGAACGCUGACGGAUUCGUGAUCUUUGGGAUAUCGAUGAUUCUGCUGGGAUCGGAUGGUUUUAAAGCGCGCGGAGCGUCAGUUCGUGAUCCCUGAAGGCUUCAGCGACCCGUAGAGCUCAAACUGCACCAUGCUGGCGUGUCUGCAGAGACAGAACCGACACCAACACCAACACCUCACGCGUGCUGCCAAGAUCCUGGACGCGCCGCUAAAUCACAAGAGUGAGCUGAUUUCCAUGCGUUACCCAUCUGCGGCUGAACUGGACGCCUACGCGCAAAGAACAGCCGACAGCCCACUUUCAAUCAAGAUCUUUCCCACCAACAUCAGGGUCCCACAGCACAAACAAAUCAGCAGGACUGUGAAUGGCCUGGACACAGGCGACCAGGGCUUGGGCCCGUACUUGCACCCCUACGCUGGCACCUACCAAGGCUUGUUGGCGAUCGUCAAGACUUCCUCUGCGACCAAGGGAGUGCUAAAGAGCGCCGAUGGAAAACGUACUAAACUAUCCCCUGUUCAAAUGGCGGUGGCUCCGUAUGCGCCGCCCAGCAGGAACAGACACCGGCCCUGCGGCGUCAUGUCCCAUCACACGAGCCGUCCGUCUAACAUCCAAUCCAGUCCUUCGUUCCUGUCCGCAUCUUGCGCAGACUCUAGUUUUGCUGUGCCGUAUUCCGGAGCCGUUCUGCCUACUCAGAGCGCGGAUGUAGCUGGUUCGGAUUAUUAUUGGGCACAUUAUUCGCACAUGUAUGGACCGGGGAACCGCUCGCCUGACAUUUCCUACAGAUCCUACCCUCCCAGUCUAACGAUUCUAGACAAAGUCCCGACACCCCCCGUGAUGCACGGUGAUUUCUCUGUUGGACAGUUUUUCGCUCCUGCUUGGAAUAGCGUGCUUGCAACGCCGGAUAGUGACUGUUAUAACCCUCAGGAGAUGCCUUCUACGCGUCUCCGUCCAUACACCCAACAACCUCCGGCAUACCUGUGCUGCGGGCCGCAAGAGAAGAGCCUCAGCAGCAGCCUGCAGUCUCUGGAGUGCCUCAUCAGCGAUAUCCACCCGCCUUGCAUCAAGGAGUGCAUGCUGGGACGAGGACACGAGCCAUACCUUCAGCUGCCCAUGUUGAGAUAGGACGCUUCACUGCAAAACAUUAUUCUCUUACUCAGGAUUUUUGUCUUAGCAAAAAUAAACAAUAUAUAUAUAUAUAUAUAUAUAUAUAUAUA